GACGUUCAUUUGACAGUAGAACCAGCACUGGAGAACGCUUCGCUUCGCAGAAAACCCUAACAGCCAAAACCCCUCAAAUAUACCAACUUACGCAGAAACAGCACAUCAUCUCGGAAACUUCUGGAAGAAAAUGGCGGAAUCAGAAGCCAAAUCAGAGCCCUCCUUGAAAGAUCAGGGCAACGAAUUCUUCAAAUCUGGAAACUAUCUCAAAGCCGCUGCUCUCUACACCCAGGCCAUUAAGCAAGACCCUUCUAAUUACGCCCUUUACAGCAAUCGAGCUGCAGCAUUCCUGCAUCUAGUUAAACUUAACAAAGCUCUUGCUGAUGCUGAGACAACAAUCUCUUUGAACCCUGCGUGGGAGAAGGGCUAUUUUAGGAAAGGAUGUGUAUUAGAAGCGAUGGAGCGGUAUGAUGAUGCCUUAGCUGCCUUUCGAAUAGCUUUGCAGUACAAUCCACAAAGUUCAGAAGUGUCAAAAAAGAUCAAGAGGCUUUCCCAGUUGGCAAAAGAUAAAAAACGAGCUCUAGAAGUGGAAAACAUGAGAUCCAACAUUGAUAUGGCAAAACACUUGGAUGGAAUGAAAACUGAACUGUCUGAGAAAUAUGUAGCCGAAGAAUGUUGGAGAGAGAUCUUCUCUUUCCUUGUUGGAACUAUGGAGGCAGCUGUAAAAUCAUGGCAUGAAACUUCUAAUGUUGAUGCUAGAGUUUAUUUUCUUCUUGACAAGGAGAAGACAGAAACCGACAAAUAUGCUCCAGCAGUCAAUAUUGAUAAGGCAUUUGAAUCACCCCAUACACACAGCAAUUGUUCUCAGUUUCUCAGGCAGUAUGCUGAGGGUUCUUUCUCUCAUGCAGCUUGCUUAGUGGCACCCAAAAGUAUUAUAUCUUACCCACAGGUCUGGAAAGGUCAGGGAUCAAGGAAAUGGAAGCAUGGACAGCACGAUGGCUUCUUUGUUCAAUUUGAAUCACCUUCCUUGAGAAAAUUGUGGUUCGUUCCCAGUUCCACAGAGAAGGGGAAAGUACUGUGCAGGGAUCCGGUGACUUUGGACGUAGGUGCACAUGAAGUGCUUCCCCGUCUGUUCAAACAAUCCUAGUUCAAUUUCAGAUGCCGCUUUAUCUUCAGCUGAAAUCCAUCAGAGGAUCGAUCUCCAGCGGCUUGCCAAAUUACAGGCCUGUUUCUGAGAGAGAACAGAGCACAUUGUACCUAAGUUUCGGCUUGAGCAAGUUUUUGUUCCUUCAUGGGUGGCCUUUGCAAAAUGCGUGAGAUUGAAUGCUUCCAACUUCCAAGUCUCUCCUUUGAACCAUUGAUGGUCUCAGGUUUUGGCAAUAGAUGUUCUGUUGGUGGUUGCCUGUUUUUGGAAAUUUUCAUCUGUACAAUCGUGUCAUGAUGUUCAGGGACUGGUAGAAGAAAAUCUGUUUCUUCACCGGCUGAUUUCGUACUCUUGGAAUGUGUUUUAUUUAUUUAUUUUUUGGCCAAGUAAAUGUUGUUUUAAUUUUGUGUGUCUAAGUUGCUUUGUUACACCAAAGGUUUUGAAAAGGAGGAGAUGAUUUUGUGGCA